CAAUUGUCCGAGUGCUGGAUGUCCCAGUGCUGGAGUUUUGGCUUUUUGCUUCCAGACGUUGUAUUGACCAAACUGCACCAGUGACGAAUGACUUUUUAUAGAAACUAAGGAGACGGCUGCACAGAUGUCAGAUUCAGACUUCCUCACCUCCCCCUCUCCUUCUGCCCCUCCCCUCUUCUACUGUGACUACAGCGACUGGUCUCCCUCCUUCUCCAUCAUCCCAUGCGUCUACCUGCUGGCCUUCCUGGUUGGUUGCCUCGGCAACAGUCUGGUGCUGUGGGCCUUCCUGGACCGAGCUGAGGGGAGGGGAACGAGGACCGGAGACAAAGCUGGAAUUGGAAAGCUCUGUUGCUCUGGCGUCUUCAGAACCAGUCAGCAGAACAUUAACAGUGCUGGUAGAUUUAACCACGGCUCAUUUCCUCAGAAGAACAAGGAAAACUCAGGACAAAGCUGCAGACCCUCCUCUCAUUCCUCCACCACCUCCUCUUAUCCUCCCUCCAUCCCUCGUCCCUCCCGCUCACUGACAGACUCUCUAAUAGCUAGCUUAGCGUUAGCUGACCUCUGCUUCCUUGUGACUCUCCCUCUGUGGGCGGUCUACACAGCGAUGGGCUACCACUGGCCAUUUGGGCAACCCCUCUGCCAAAUCAGCAGCUUCCUCACUGCACUCAACAUGUAUGCCAGCGUGUUCAGUCUGAGCAUGCUCAGUGUGGAGCGGUACUGGGUUCUGACAGGACGCCGGCACUCCAGCCACCAUGCCCCACAGAGGUGCCCCAGCAGGGCUUUGUGGAUACUUGGAGGGGUGUGGGUGCUGGCGGGGGUGCUGGCACUUCCUGGUUUGCUGCUGCGCUCUGUCAGGGAGGUGGAGCUAGACCAUGAAUCUGAUGAUGAUUGGCAGCUAGAGCCAGUUCAUCCUACUGACUCUGGAUCAGUCUUUCUCUCUUGUCAGAUGGAUUACUCCAUGCUGAUUGGAGUAGAGCUGGAGGAGACAGAUCGAGAGAGGGCGGAGAUGUGGUGGGCGGCCGCCUUGAGUCUUAAAUCAACUGUUAUUGGCUUCCUGCUUCCUUUUAUCAUCUUGCUGGUCUGCUACUGCUCAUUGGCCCAGCUCCUCAACAGACAUUUUGGACGGGGCCCUCGUCCUGACCGCAGGAGGCAGCGAAGACUCCUCAGGGUCAUUGUCACUUUAGUGUUGGCUUUCUUCCUGUGCUGGCUGCCUCUGCAUGUUAAUAAGACUGUUUCCAUGCUGCUGGAGUUUGGUUUUGUCCAUUACUCCUGCUCUUUAGAUCAGCUUUUACUGGCUGCUCACCCAUAUGUCACCUGUUUAGCUUAUCUCAACUCCUGCCUUAACCCUCUCCUGUAUGCUGCCUGUGACCCGACAUUCAGGAAGAGAUGCAGAAGAGCUCUUCUCAUGUUGUUCAGGAGAGGAGGAGAGCGAAGGGGGGAAAAUAAGAGAAAGAAGGAUGAAGGAGAGGAAGAGAAAGAGGAAAGGAGCUCAGUUUAUCCCACAAAAACACAAGAGGAAACUGCAGAUAGGACAGAGACGGGAGAAGAGGAGAGGGCGGUAGAAGUGGGUGGGAUGGUUGCUGAGGAGUGA